ACGAAUGGCAUCUGCAUCGCCGAGCCAGACUACGAGGACCGAAUCAAAGCACCCGGGCCGCGACAAAAGGCCACCGCGCUAUUGACUUGAACGCUCUCGUCUCGUCCUUGGAAUGCCGGACUGCAUGUGUUAGCUACUCUCUGUGGCAGUUUAACCAAGAUACCAUCGCCUCACCGCUCCACAACCACAUAGCCAAGGAGCUCACAGAAAAGUAGCCCGUGACACCGAGCGAAAUGGAACCCCGCCAUUUCUGCCGCGCUUUGCUGCUGCUCCUCGUCGUCCUCCUCCUCGGCUUCCGGCGGGCCGGUGCCCAGGACAGCACGAACUACACCGUCCCCGCGCGAUUCGCCUGUAACGUGUCGUCGCCGUGCGACACGUACGUCGUGUACCGGACGCAGUCCCCCGGCUACCUGGACCUCGGCAGCAUCUCGGACCUCUUCGGCACGAGCCAGGCCCGGAUCGCCAGCGCCAACGGUCUCAGCUCCGAGGACGGUGUGCUGCAGCCAGGCCAGCCGCUGCUCGUGCCCGUCAGGUGCGGCUGCACGGGCGCCUGGUCCUUCGCCAACGCCACGUACCCCAUCCGGCAGGGCGACACCUUCUACAACCUCGCCAGGCUCUCCUACGAGAACCUCACCGAGUACCACCUCAUCCACGACCUCAACCCGAGGUCGGAGCCCACCAGCCUACAGAUCGGGCAGGAGGUCACGGUGCCGCUCCUCUGCCGGUGCCCGCCGGCUCGCGCUGUGCAGAGCUUCAUCACCUACGUGUGGCAGCCAGGGGACACCUUGUCCCAGGUGAGCAAGCUGAUGAACGCCACCGCGGACGAGAUCGCCGAGGCGAACAACGUCACGAGCAGCUCCGUCUCCUCCGCGUCCGCUGCGGGGCUGCCGAUGCUGAUCCCAGUUCAGCAGCGGCCGCGCCUUCCGCCGCUGCUCUACGCCGCUAGUGCGGGCGAGGGCAGGUCGUCCCGGUCGCGACGUCGGGCUCUCAUCAUCAUAGGCGCCAGCGUCUCGGGGUCUCUCGUCGCGCUCGCUGCCUUGCUCGUGGCGAUCAUGGCGCAACGAAGGUACCGAAGAAAGAAGCCGUCGAUGCGCCUGGGCUCACCGUUCGCCGUGAACACCAAGCUUUCUUGGUCCGUGAACCAGUACGGCCAUGGCAGCAGCAAUUCCUUCGCUCACGUGAUGAAAGGUGGGAAGCUGCUCACGGGCGUGUCGCAGUUCAUCGACAAGCCUAUCAUCUUCGUGGAAGAGGAGAUCGUGGAGGCCACGAUGAACCUUGACGAGCGGUGCAAGAUCGGCAGCACGUACUACCGGGCGAAGCUCGACGGGGAGGUGUUUGCGGUGAAGCCAGCGAAAGGUGACGUGUCGGCGGAGCUGAGGAUGAUGCAGAUGGUCAACCACGCCAACCUGAUCAAGCUGGCCGGCAUAUCCAUAGGCGCUGACGGGGACUACGCCUUCCUGGUGUACGAGUUCGCCGAAAAGGCCUCGCUCGACAAGUGGCUGUACCACAACCACCAGAAGCCACCGUCCGCCCUGCUGCCAUCGUCGUCGUGCACCGUGCCAACCACCCUCUCGUGGGGCCAGAGGCUCAGCAUCGCACUGGACGUCGCGAACGGCCUGCUCUACAUGCACGAGCACACGCAGCCGAGCAUGGUGCACGGCGACAUCCGCGCGCGGAACAUCCUCCUGACGGCGGAUUUCAGGGCGAAGAUAUCGAGCUUCUCCCUGGCCAAGCCAGCCACGGCCGACGCCGCCGCGACGAGCUCCGACGUCUUCGCCUUCGGGCUGCUGCUCCUGGAGCUUAUGUCCGGCAGGAGGGCGAUGGAGGCGCGCAUCGGCUCCGAGAUCGGCAUGCUGUGGAGGGAGAUCCGUGCCGUGCUGGAAGCCGGCGACAAGAGGGAGGCGAAGCUGAGGAAGUGGAUGGACCCCGCUCUGGGAAGCGAGUACCAGAUGGACGCGGCUCUUAGCCUGGCCGGCAUGGCGAGGGCCUGCACCGACGAGGACGCGGCGCGGCGGCCGAACAUGACCGAGGUCGUGUUCAGCCUCUCCAUGCUGGCGCAGCCGUUGUCAGUGGCUGACGGGUUCGAGAAGCUGUGGCAACCCAGUUCGGAGGACAACAUCCGGAUUGCCGGCUCGGUGGCAGCUCGAUAAUAAAAAUGAAAACAGAACUUCGUUUAACAGGGUGAUUUUGCAAGUAGCUGGUAGUUCCUUGGUUGUGAACUUGCACUGUACAUUACUUUAUUUCACUCGGACACUAAUUUUGCAUUGUAUGAUAUAGUUCGUGUUCAACUUCUAUGUUUUUACCUACUACUCCCUCAAUUCCAAACUAUAGGACACUCCAAGAAAACUGCUUGUACUUGUACCUAUUGCUCUCUCCGUUUCAAUUACGAGACAUUCUAAUUUUA